CAUACUGUAUAAACAGUUACACUGUACAACACUUAACGACAUUAAUCGCGACUUUUACAAACAUUCAAUGUUUAAUUUUAUUUAUUAACAUGCGCUGCUUGCUGGAGCUGACACGGCAGUGGCUUUUUUCGUAAUAAAAAAACGCGGAUUAUUUAAAAUGUGCGUUGCUGCCGUUGCGUAAUGGUGAGAGCGCGAGUGGCGAGUUCGAUCUCUCGGCGCGGCAGGCGAGCCGCUGGGUCCGCGUGCGCCGUCCCCUCCGCCGCUGUUCACCCCGCAGUGUAAAUGUCGACGGCCCCUUUGAUUCCUUACAACAAGUUUUUAUUUGGUGUUUGAACAUCUUGACGCCUCCCGCUGCAUUGCCAGCUACUGUUGCAUACUUCGAUACAGGCAAGCAGCUCCCACUUUCGAUGAGUGGAAGGUGGCGCGGAGGAAGGAAGCGAGGCCACUGGGUGGCACCAGAGCCUGGGCACAGGCGGAUGAGACACAGACACCGACAGAGUGAAGCACAUGGGGAGGGCACGUCCUCAGCAGCUGCCGUCUCACAGGUGGCCCAGACGGAGAACACGAGCGACGCACCAGAACUCCCAGGCUUCUACUUUGACCGGGAGAAGAACCGUUACUUUCGACUGCUGCCCGGCCACAACAACUGCAACCCCUUGACGACGGAGAGCAUUUGCACACGAGAGAAGGAGCGCCAGCGUUUGCAGCUGCUCAAGCAGGAUGAGAGCACCAACAGGGUCCCUCAAAAUGGAGUGCCGGUCACCAGGGUGCUCAACGAGCGAAGAGCUGGCUUCCACUCAACACGAUCCUACAGCAGGUUGAUGCACGAGCUGAAGCUUGUGGCCAUGCAGCGGCGGGUGGUGCACUCCGUGAGUGGCGACUUCGGGCUAAUGGAGGUCGACUCAAAAUCGGAGCGCAUCUUCGCUCUGUACAAUGAGCACACCCACUACAAGUAUGGGCUCUUUGACCUGUCCUGUCGGGAGGGCAAGCUCCAUACCAAGAUAUACGGUGUGCUCAAGGCUUCUCCCUGCAAGCUAAACUCCAUGAGUUGGGCAUCGUUCAAUGGGAAGGACUCUCAUAUUUUAAUUGCUCGCAAUGAAGUGGCGGUGGGUGACGGCGCGAUGCACGCGUCGGUGGAGCUGGUGCCCGUCUCAUAUUUCACCGAAGAAGGCACAGGCGUUGAUGCAAUCUUCAACUUCACCAUCCUGACUUUUUCCUGCGUUUAUGGCCGUCAUCCUCAACACAACCACUGCUUCAGUGCAGGCUGCUCGGGGAAGGCGGUGGUGACGGAUGUUGUUACCGGGCACCAGCAGACCAUCCACACACACAGCGACGUCUUAGCACAGUGCUUUGCAGAGCAGAGCCCACUGCUGUACUGCGGCUGUCGGUCGGGCAAGGUGUGGCGGGCAGACCUGCGGGACAGGACAGGGCCCAACAGCUCGCGACGGCGACGCUCACUACUCCGGCACGAGUCGGCCAUCGUGGCCUUGCGCACGCUCGCCGAUGAGAACUACCUGCUCGCCAGUGACAUGGCCGGCAAGAUUAAACUGUGGGACGUGCGGACGCAGAGAACCGUGCUUGAGUACCAUGGGCAUCGCAACGAGCACGCCAUCCUCCCUCUGCAUGUCAGCGACGACGAGAACUUCAUCGUGGCCGUUGGACAGGACAACUCCACGCGCUUUUGGCGGCUUCGCGACGGCCUCCUCCUCCGCACCAUUCCGUCGGCCGUGCCCGUGUCCUGCACCAAAGCCGCCCUGAGCGUGGCACUGAUGCCGAGUCUAAGUCGCCCCCAUGGGGCGCCUGGUCUGCUCGUGGCCGCCGGCCAUCGCCUCUUCCACUAUUGCUAUUGACAUAGCGUCCUGCUGUUGCCACAGGCAGGUUGGUGAGACAGAACUCUCCGUGUUCCAGUGCACCCUCCGUUGAAGCUUUUUGUACGAGGCUGGUGUUUCAAAAACCGCUGCAGAACACAAUUCUGUUUUUAAAGACAACCCUGAAAAACUAGUUACGUGCAUGUACGUACCUCGUCGGCAUAGAAGUCGGGGUGCAGUGGGUUGCGUACUGCACAAUGAACUUGGCUACCUGAAUAUGAUCCCAGUCACAGCUAACAUUCAAAUAAUAUUCCUGGCCGCAGCGAAAUCCCAUCGUGUUCAGUCUUCCACAUCGUGUCUUGGACAGUGUACCACUUUGGUGUCGGCAAGGGUGAUCAAGCGUGUUACAUGCUCUCGACACUCUUCCAUGACAAUCCUCCAGUUCAAUGUUUAGGUCCCGCUUGCCUUUCCUUCCAGAACCCUGCCUGCUCUUCUAUUUAUUAAUUUUACUAUUCUAUUGAUUCAUAUUUUAAUAGUUUAAGCCAAUUGUUUUAUAUUUGUAAUACAAUUAAAGUCCCACUUUUUUGGUAUUGGCACAAACCUAAUUUCCUCCAAUCCUGAAGCUGUUUGUUCCAAUUGAUACACAUCUGUUUAUCCAGCUUAUCUCAUGGACUGUAGGCAUAUAGUGAAAAUACCUGGUGCUUUCCCUUUCUCUCGUUCCUACUUCUUCCUGCAAUGGCUCGUCUCCACCCAGGUUUCACUUUAAAUCUUUAAAAUCCCUAGCUCUUCAGUUUCUUCUGGCAGUUCAGACAAAUCAGCUGACAAAACUGUUUCCAUCUUUUAAAUUCUUCAUCCUGUCAGUAUCCCUGUUUUUUAAAUUAAAGCUUGUCCAAUAAAAAAAAUGUAGUUUCAACCAUUUGCACAUUAAAAUUAGCUUUGUGUUCCAA